UUCAAGUCAAGUCAACGAUGAUGAAUGAAGAACCAGAAUCGAUUUAUGAAACUGAACAUCAAGAAAUCAAAGAAACUCGUCAUGACAAAUCCAAUCCAAAAUCAACAUCGACUUCAUACUUGAGUUCAGGUACUCUAACACCAUUUUGUGAUUCACCAACUCAUCAAUUCUCAUUCAACUCAUCACAAUCACAUUCACAAUCACCUACUCAUCAUCAUCAUCAUCAAAAUCUAAACUACAAGUUUCAUUCACCACCAACCCGAACUUAUACCGGUACUUCUUCAAUCCCAUCUUCCAACGAUUCAAUCUUUUCCAAACUCCUUUCAACCCUCAACUCAUUCCACAUCAAAAUCAUUUUCAAAUCAUCUUUUAUCCAAACCCAAUCAAAUCCCAUUACAAUUACCUAGUUCAAGUCUGAUUAACCAUCGAAGACAUUCAUCACAACCUUCGACACCGAUCCCAGUGAAAGAAACUUUCAAUGGAUCGAUUUCUUCCUAUGGAACCAAAGAAGGACAAAGAAAAUUGAACCAGUAUUUGUUGAUUAAAACGAUUGGAAAAGGGUCUUAUGGAUCAGUGGAAUUGGCUCAAGACUUGAGUUCGAAUGAACAUCAACUUUACGCUAUUAAAGAGUAUAGUAAAUCUAGGAUGAGAAAGAGAGCAAGGGUUUUGGAUUCUAGGAUGGGUCAUGGUGGGUUUAGAGGUCGUAGACCUCCGAAUAUCUUGCUCGAUUCGG